AUGGAGAAAUGUUUGCAAAAAUCCCUCGAUUUCGGCGAAAAGAAGGUAUUAUGCAAUUAUUCUCACAUAACCGCCUCUAUUCACUUCUUAUAUUCUAAUCUUUUCUUUCUUACAUUUCAAACUCUUCUUCUUUUUCUUUGUAUUAUCUCCCCCUCUCUAUUCACUUCUUACAUUCCGAACACUUCUUCUUUCUCAUAUUUUUAUCUUCCCCCCUCUCUCCCCCCAUUUCUAUUAUGUUUAUAUUCACUUCACUGCUAUGUUAUCACUACACUCCCUGUCAUGCUAUCAAAUGAUUUCUGCUUUCUUUAUUUCGCAUCAAUCGUUUCCAACUCUUCCUUUCCCUCUUUAUAUUUUAUACCCCUCUCUUUUCAACUCUUACUUCCUACAUAUUUUCUCCUUAAUAUUUCCUCUAUCUCUCCUCUCACUCACUCUCACUCAGGUAACACCCACCUCUAUUCCUUUACAUCUUUCUUCUCCUAA